AUGUAUCCUGGUGAUCCCACCGCUCCCGAGCUGCCUAAGUCCACGAGUAACCACGUUUUUCCUGGAUAUGGCAUGCGCACCCUUUGCGAGCUGGCAUCUCAUUCAUCUUUUGAUCCCGAAAGACAUUGGGAUCGUUGUGGUAACAUCAUGGAUUAUUUCGCCUGUUACUUGACUGGAAGUGACGAAGUAUUAAUGAGUAAUCACAAUGCAUAUUGUUGGGGAUAUUCAACUGAUUUGGAAUGGAAUAGAGAAAUACUCCCAUAUACUCCGGAUUGGAUUGAACUCCCAAAAAUUGUGCGCACAGAUGCAGGAACUUUUGUGAAACUCGGAGACUGCCGUUUAGAGGGCCUUGAGAAUAUCCCAGUCAGUGUGGCAUAUGCAGAUCUUACUGGAUAUCUGAUACUUGGCACAUCUGCUCAAUUGUGUUUUGUGCUUCCUGAUGAUGCUGAACUUCCUAAAUUACCCGUGACGACCCAUGUAUUCCCAUUUGCUAAAGGGUUAACGCUUGUCGCAGCUGCAUCGAUGAAUGGAGGCAACACUCUUGAUGCUUUCUUAGCGAUGAUACAACGAUGGUGUUCUGAAGCGUCAGGCAAAGAUUGCACUUGUCAACUUGACAAAGGGCAUAUUUUUUCUGGCGUUGAUAAAGCUACUUCGCUGCACAAUGCAGAACAGAACCGGAUUCCCGAUGUAAAUGCUCUGUUCACUAAAGAACGGGGAUCCGAAGACAAAGGAGUGGAUAUCAUUGGGUUGAAGACGGAUACGUCCUUAACAGAAAUGCUCAUCGGAAUUUGUCGAGGAGUGAUCUACAACCUGUUCAGUCUAAUACCAUCUGAACUGUUAGUCUCCUAUGGUGUCAAAAAGCUCUACCUCAUUGGAACCGCUAAGAACGACCGCUUUCUAGUACACAUUAAAGAAUAUCUAAGAGAGCACAAUUCUGACGUAGAGUUGCAUUUGGCUGAAACGGACACUUCUGCAGCUUAUGGUGUUGCUUUGUGA